ACAUAAGUUAUGUGUUGAACAAAAAGGUAUUAAUGACGCUAUCAGAGUAUCACAUGAUGGGGAAGUCCAGCUUCCGAACUAAGUCUUAUGACAGAGUGAUAAGGAUUGUGCCAAUAAAGAAAUACUUACGAUUAAAUGUUAUUGUUAGAUUCAAAAUAACGUAAUGCGUUAUUUUUUAUAUUAAGGUUAAGGGUAUAAAAGAGCACAUCAACCAAGUUCGCGCCGCUUUACUUUUAUCACGAAAAAUAACAUUUCAGACAGACUAUUUUUAUAUUUGAAAAUGAAAGUUGUAAUUUUUAUUACAGUUGUAGCUUACGCCUGUGCUCUUUCAAAUGGCAGAUUUAACUGGCAUGAACCAAAACCAUUGUUUAACCUAGUUAACUCUCAACCAGAUUCUUCAAAACUUUGGGCAGUCCUUGUAGCAGGAUCUGAUUCCUGGUAUAAUUAUAGACACCAGGCAGAUAUUUGUCAUGCCUACCAGAUUCUUCAUGCUCAUGGAGUGCCAGAUGAACAAAUAAUUGUUUUUAUGAAGGAUGAUUUGGCAAAUAACCCAGAGUUUGUACCAGAGAUGUCAUCCUGCCAGGGCUUUCCACCUUCCUACAGUCCACUGGAUGUUGGUUCCCAGCACAUCUGGUGCUGGUUGCAUUUGAAAUGUGAACAGGUGGAGACAGAUUUUGGUAUGGAUGCUCAUCUGUUUCAAGGUGAAAAGGAUGUUACGCCACAGAAUUUUUUGAAUGUUCUUCAAGGAAAUGAAGAAGCAAUGAAAGGUAUUGGCAGUGGAAAAGUUCUGAAGAGUGGGCCGAAUGAUCAUGUAUUUGUGAAUUUUGCUGACCAUGGAGCACCUGGAAUAAUUGCUUUCCCCAGUGAUGUUUUGAAGGCUACUGAUUUAAAUAAAGCCAUAAAGAACAUGCAAAACAGAAAGAUGUAUGAAAAGAUGGUAUUCUACAUUGAAGCUUGUGAAUCAGGAUCUAUGUUUAAGAAUCUGCUGCCAGACAACAUCAGUGUGUUUGCAACAACAGCUUCCAAUGAUAGAGAAUCAUCUUAUGCAUGCUAUUAUGAUGAAGAGAGACGCACCUACCUAGGUGAUGUAUACAGUGUCAAAUGGAUGGAAGAUUCAGAUCAGGAACAACUUACCAAAGAAACAUUACAGCAACAGUUUCUUAUGGUAAAAAAGGAAACUAACACCAGCCAUGUUCAAGAGUAUGGUGAUUUGACCAUUGGGAAAAUGCAUGUCAGUGAAUUCCAAGGCAAGAAAAGUGUUCCUCUGAACUAUUCUCCAAAAAUUCCACUUGAUGCUGUUCCCAGUGAGGAUGUACCUCUAGCUAUUCUUCAGCGACGACUGGCUAAAGCAGGAGUAGAAGAAAAACCAAAACUGCAGGAAGAGUUUAACAGGCUAACCCAGAAUCGAAACUUCCUAAAAAGUAGAAUGAUGGAGUUAAUCUUGCUGCUUGGUCAUGAAGAAGAUGUUAUGAACAUUUGGAAUGAACAUAGUGAACUGACAGAAUUUGACUGCUAUUAUAAGCUAUUGGAAUAUUUUCAUGAUGAGUGCUUCGAUAUUACUUUGAAUCAAUAUACACUACGCUACUUGUAUUUGUUGGUGAACAUGUGUGAAGCUAAGAUUCCAGUGGAAAAUGUUCAGCAAGCAAUGGACCAAGUUUGUACUCAUCCACCAGUAUAUGGUAUCAUAUAAUACAACUUUUUUUACAGUAUUAAUAAAACCUAAACUUGUAUUAAUGUACUGAGCAAAUAUUCUGAUUAUUUUACACAAAAGUAAAAGUAUUAGUGUAUAUGCAAUAUAUCUGUUCAAUGUAUAGUUUCUUCUGUUGGUGAUCUUCGUUCACCUCAUGUUUAAACUGAUUAUCACUUAAGAAAAUACAAGGUUGUUGGUAUAACUGUAAUGUUUGGAUAAUCAAAACCACAGAGUUUAAGUCUACAUAAAAACUUUCAUUGUUCUUCAGAGUAAAGCUUGUGAUUAUAAAUGUAAUAAACAUCUAGAGGUCAGGACAUUGUAUCAUAAUUUAAAUGUUUGCUAAUGUGUAGAAUAAUGUCUGUCAAGUUUGAAUCCUUAACUGCAGCAUGUCCCAUCAUUAUUUUGAGCUUUCACACUCUUAUCCUUUUACAAAAAUAAGAAAAGUAGGUCUUUCAGGAUGUUUUCUUUGUUGUUAUAAUAUCAAGAACUAUGUUAUACAAAUUUAGUUAUUAGUAAAAUUAAAAAUGUUUAAUUCAGUAUUCUAACAAAGCAAGAAAAUCCAACAUAUAUAUGUAACAUUUCUGUUAAACUGAGUCACACAUUAACAUCUAAACUUCAACUUUCAUGAUCUACUUACUAAGAUGUCAUGCUGAAACAUUAUGCCCUUUCAUGUAAAGGUGCAUAAUUAUACAAUUUUUACCAUAGCUGACAAAUAUUUUUGUCACAUUACUCUUCCAUUUUGUUAAUAUUUUAAAUUGUUUAUUUUCUACUUUAAUGCUUUUGUACCAUGUUUAGAAUCAUGAAAAAAACUUUUAUGACAGAAAUAAAAACCUAACUUUCAUCA